AAGACCUGGGAGGCUUGGUGGGGGAGGGGCGCCCAGGCCUGGGCACUAAGAAACAACUCCCCUGGAGCUCAAGACCAUCUCGGCCUCCCCUAGCCCAGGAGAGGACUGGCUUCAUGACUCCCUGAAACCAUUUCUAAAUGCCUUAGAACAAACCUUGCAUAUUCAUUAUUGUUAUUGAACUAUUAAAAGUCUUUUCUGGGGGCGAGCUGAAUCAGAUCCUUUGCUGGAGCUGGCACACGGAGGAAGUCCUGGAGGGAGGGUAGACACCGUGGAGGGAAGGGCUUGGGACCUGUGUCAGGAGAGCUGGGUCCAUCUCCCUCUCUGUCUCUCACUAGGCUUAUGAUCUUUAGCAGUGAAAAUAAUCUCUCUAAGGUGGGGAAAGGACCCCGGUCCCUGCUGUGCUCAAUAAAUUAUGAGGAUCAAAAUAAAUUAUCAGUGAAUGUGAAUGGGAAAACUAAGAAAUUGUUAAAAUUCUCAAAUACAUUACAUUUUCAUCCACAGAAAAGUGUAGGCUAGGGAUCAUGGGGGAAUAGUUAGUAAUGACAGGGAUAGUUGAACUUAAAAAAAAAAGUUUGUGAGGCUGACAAAGAAGAAACGGACACAUUUCCUGAUCUUGGAGGGUUCAUAGGGUAGAAGAUGGUAGAUGACAGCUGGGUGUGGUGGCACUCGCCUGUAGUCCCAGCUACUCAAGAGGCUGUGGUGGGAGGAUUGCUUGAGCCCAGGCAUUCGAGGCUGCAGUGAGCUAUAAUCAUGCCACUGCAUUCCAACUGAGUGACACAGCAAGACUCCUCUCUUAAAAAAAAAAAAAAUUCAUGGCAGGGCACAGUGAGUACUAUCAGGAAGGUUCAAACCACGGGCUAAAUCAGUAGUUCUAAAACUUGACUACACAUCGGAAUCACCUAGGGAACUUUAAAAGAUACUAAGAUUUAGGUCCAACCUGGGUUUACUGAUUUAACAACCUAGGUUGUGGCUGUGGCCUGGGAACAUGGAUAUUAAAAACUCUCCAGGUGGUUCUACGCAGUGGCUAGAUUUGAUGACCUCUGCCUAGAUGUCCCAACGACUAAGAGAUGUGCAUUGGGGACAAGGCAAUUCUCUUAGUAGAAAGAGGCUUUCGGGACAGCAUUCUUAUUAUUGAGAAUUGAGAAUUCAUAUGCCACACAAUUUAUCCUUUUAAAGUGUGCAGCUCAGUGGCUUCUGGCAUAAUCACAAGGUUGUGCCACCGUCACCACUGUCUACCCUGGAAGAUUUUUUUUCCUUUUUUUCUUUUUUCUUUUCUUUUUAUUUUAAAGGCUAGUCAAGUGAAACAGUGGGAGUGAAGAAGAAACAAAGACAUCUAUAACUGGUUGUGAUCAAUUAGUUGUAAACACUGCACUCAGACCAGCCUAAUUGGGAAGAUUUUAAGGAUAUGGUGUGGUCUGAUGGGUUCCAAGGCAGAGGUUACAAUAGCCUGGAAGAGGGAGACUGCUUAGGCACUGGCAUCCUGGUGGGAUAGGGUGAGGAGAUCCCAGAGCCCACGUUUACUGCAACCCUGGGGAGAUGUCACCAGAGAAAUGGGGGUGGUGCCAGACAGCAGAUUGUGGCAGCUGAGGUUUUCCACGGUAGAGUAGAAGCAUCCAUCAUGUGUGACAUUCAGCAGAUGGGGCGCUGUGGGUGGCUUGGAGCACUCUGGUUGUAACUGAGGCAGGCACAGUGUUUAGGAAGCCUGUGCAGUAAUCUAGGCUGAAGGGAGGGGAAAGCCUAGACUAAGAUUGUGGCUGUGGGAUUGAAAUAGGGUUGGAGGAGCUGACUUUGACUCCUGGAGAUGAAGAGGAAAGAGGAAAUCAGAAGGGACCAAGGAUGGUGAAGUUCUUAAGAGAAACUGAGGAGGAAGAGAGGAUGAUGUGGUGGGAGACGUGUAGAGAGUCUUUGUAGAUCUGUCACAUUGGAGGGGACUAUAGUCCGAGGUACAGAUGUCCUAAGGCAGGCUGGAAAAGGGAGUCUGGAGAGAGCUUGGUGUUGUAGUGAACCAUAGGGAGCCGCCUCCUUGGCCCUGUGAUCACCCAGGGACUGAAUAGAGAGGCGGCCCUGGGAGACCUCAGACACUUAGAGGAUAUAAGGGGGUGAAAGGGGGGCCUGGCUUUGAGUCAAAGGGAGGAGAAGGAGAUUAUAAAGCUGAAACGUCUAAGAGAGUUUGUGGUCUGAGCGGUUCCACUGCGGCAGGUGCUUCUGAGAGGCAGAGGUGGCUGAGAUCUGGAAACAGGUCUGCAAAUCUGGUCACUGGUCUCAUUGCCAGUAACGCUGUGCGCGGUUGAGGGAGUGUGUUGGGAGAAUAGCCACGCGUUGUCUGUCCUGGAAGGAACAAGCCAGUGAGAGCCGGUUUAAUGGGGCGGCCGGCGAAAGGGGCUUGGUGAGGGCCGCGCUCCUCGGGGUGGGGGUGCGGGGAUGGGUGGUCGCGAUGCCGGGAGGGCAGGCAGGGCCCUGGCCGUGCUUAUUAAGUUGGAGCUGUACUCUCAGCUACUCGAAGCUGGUCCCUGCUUUAGGCUGCGCUCCCGCGUGCUCCCCAUUUUCUGGGCCCCAGGUCCCGCCUUCUAAAUCUCCCCAGGUCUCCAGCCCAAUGGAAUUUUCUCUUCCAAGCGUGGCCCCGCCCUCUCCGCUCGUGAUUGGCCCUAAGUUCCGGGCCCCAGUUUCAUUGGAUGAGCGGUCGGGGGACCGGGCCAGGUGACUAAGUUUCCGCGGCGCCUUCUCCCCGGCUUCGCUCAGUUAGCCACUGCUUGAGCCGCUGAGAGGGUGGCGACGUCGGGGCCAUGGGGCUGGGCCCGGUCUUCCUGCUUCUGGCUGGCAUCUUCCCUUUUGCACCUCCGGGAGCUGCUGCUGAGCCCCACAGUCUUCGUUAUAACCUCACGGUGCUGUCCUGGGAUGGAUCUGUGCAGUCAGGGUUUCUCGCUGAGGUACAUCUGGAUGGUCAGCCCUUCCUGCGCUGUGACAGGCAGAAAUGCAGGGCAAAGCCCCAGGGACAGUGGGCAGAAGAUGUCCUGGGAAAUAAGACAUGGGACAGAGAGACCAGGGACUUGACAGGGAAAGGAAAGGACCUCAGGAUGACCCUGGCUCAUAUCAAGGACCAGAAAGAAGGCUUGCAUUCCCUCCAGGAGAUUAGGGUCUGUGAGAUCCAUGAAGACAACAGCACCAGGAGCUCCCAGCAUUUCUACUACGAUGGGGAGCUCUUCCUCUCCCAAAACCUGGAGACUGAGGAAUGGACAAUGCCCCAGUCCUCCAGAGCUCAGACCUUGGCCAUGAAAGUCAGGAAUUUCUUGAAGGAAGAUGCAAUGAAGACCAAGACACACUAUUACGCUAUGCAUGCAGACUGCCUGCAGGAACUACGGCAAUAUGUAGAAUCCGGCGUAGUCCUGAGGAGAACAGUGCCCCCCAUGGUGAAUGUCACCCGCAGCGAGGCCUCAGAGGGCAACAUUACCGUGACAUGCAGGGCUUCUGGCUUCUAUCCCUGGAAUAUCACACUGAGCUGGCGUCAGGAUGGGGUAUCUUUGAGCCACGACACCCAGCAGUGGGGGGAUGUCCUGCCUGAUGGGAAUGGAACCUACCAGACCUGGGUGGCCACCAGGAUUUGCCAAGGAGAGGAGCAGAGGUUCACCUGCUACAUGGAACACAGCGGGAAUCACAGCACUCACCCUGUGCCCUCUGGGAAAGUGCUGGUGCUUCAGAGUCAUUGGCAGACAUUCCAUGUUUCUGCUGUUGCUGCUGCUGCUGCUGCUGCUGCUAUUUUUGUUAUUAUUAUUUUCUAUGUCCGUUGUUGUAAGAAGAAAACAUCAGCUGCAGAGGGUCCAGAGCUUGUGAGCCUGCAGGUCCUGGAUCAACACCCGGUUGGGACAGGAGACCACAGGGAUGCCACACAGCUGGGAUUUCAGCCUCUGAUGUCAGCUCCUGGGUCCACUGAUUCCACUGAGGGCGCCUAGACUCUACAGCCAGGCGGCUGGGAUUCAACUCCCUGCCUGGAUAUCACCAGCACUUUCCCUCUGUUUCCUGACCUAUGAAACAGAGAAAAUAACAUCACUUAUUUAUUGUUGUUGGAUGCUGCAAAGUGUUAGUAGGUAUGAGGUGUUUGCUGCUCUGCCACGUAGAGAGCCAGCAAAGGGAUCAUGACCAACUCAACAUUCCACUGGAGGCUAUAUGAUCAAACAGCAAAUUGUUUAUCAUGAAUGCAGGAUGUGGGCAAACUCACGACUGCUCCUGCCAACAGAAGGUUUGCUGAGGGCAUUCACUCCAUGGUGCUCAUUGAAGUUAUCUACUGGGUCAUCUAGAGCCUAUUGUUUGAGGAAUGCAGUCUUACAAGCCUACUCUGGACCCAGCAGCUGACUCCUUCUUCCACCCCUCUUCUUGCUAUCUCCUAUACCAAUAAAUACGAAGGGCUGUGGAAGAUCAGAGCCCUUGUUCACGAGAAGCAAGAAGCCCCCUGACCCCUUGUUCCAAAUAUACUCUUUUGUCUUUGUCUUUAUUCCCACGUUCGUCCUUUGUUCAGUCCAAUACAGGGUUGUGGGGCCCUUAACAGUGCCAUAUUAACUGGUAUCAUUAUUUCUGUUGUUUUUGUAUUUUUUUUUUUUUUGAGACAGAGUCUCACUCUGUCACCCAGGCUGCAGUUCACUGGCGUGAUCUCAGCUCACUGCAACCUCUGCCUCCCAGGUUCAAGUACUUCUCGUACCUCAGACUCCCGAAUAGCUGGGAUUACAGACAGACACCACCACACCAAGCUAAUUUUUGUAUUUUUUGUAGAGAUGGGGUUUUGCCAAGUUGGCCAGCCCAGUCUCAAACUCCUGACCUCAGGGGAUCUGCCUGCCUUGGCAUCCCAAAGUGCUGGGAUUACAAGAAUGAGGCACCGUGCCUGGCCUAUUUUAUUAUAUUGUAAUAUAUUUUAUUAUAUUAGCCACCAUGCCUGUCCUAUUUUCUUAUGUUUUAAUAUAUUUUAAUAUAUUACGUGUGCAGUAAUUAGAUUAUCAUGGGUGAACUUUAUGAGUGAGUAUCUUGGUGAUGACUCCUCCUGACCAGCCCAGGACCAGCUUUCUUGUCACCUUGAGGUCCCCUCACCCCAUCACACCGUUAUGCAUUACUCUGUGUCUACUAUUAUGUGUGCAUAAUUUAUACCGUAAAUGUUUACUGUUUAAAUAGA